CAAGAUGGCAGCCAUGCCAACUCUCUCUGUUUGGAUAAAAUUGAACAAAAGAUUCGCUGCACAUAAAUUGUGAAAAGUGAUGAUCAUAAAUGGACAUGAAAUUGGAAUGAAUGUAGCAGAAAUAAAUAAGUGUCCAAAAUGUUAAGAAAAACCUUCCCUUGAGUCGAUUACUGUCAUUCUCAAUAUAUUCAAUGGCAAACUGGAACAUAUGCAGUCUUUCAUUUCAUAAGGCUCAGGUAGUUUCAGUGCUUGUGUAACUGAAAUAUUUGUAGAAAGAAAUGACCAAAAGAUGAGGCAGUGGUGGAGUGAAGUUUGUGAUAUAUUUUUUUUUUCCAAAUCCAUGUUGUUCAUCAAUAAUAACUGAACAGCUUUGUGAUUGCCAUGGUUCUGGUGCAUGUACAAGCAUACCUAUGUUUAGCAGUUCUUUGGUUAAACUGCGAUGGGACUUUGGAGUAUUCAAGUAACAUUUUUGCUUUUCUCAGUAAUUGGACUGGUUCCCAUUUUUCUACUGCCUGGAAUCAACGCAGCAGACUCGAGGUAUACUCAGUGUAUUCCAAUAUUUAUCCUCAGGCAAUCUUGAAUUCUCAAUUCUGAUUGGUCGAUCCAUGGCGGCAAACAGUGUGAAAUAUAACUGUAUUACAUUGUUCAUAUCAAACCUGUGCUGCGUAAUGCUCUGUUCUAACACCAUGCAACGCACCAUUUUUAUGCUAAAAGCAAAACGUACAACUGCAAAGCUUCAUGUGAAUUCAGAGAUGGCACAUUGCGCUCAUAGGCCCUUAUAACAUCUUUAGUGGGCGUCAAGUUUGCUUGACAAUAAAUUUGUUAUCACGCUUGCACUCUUGUGAUAACUUAUAUAAAAUGUGAGUUUGACAGUAAUAAAUUACCUUAAAGAAUGGGAUCCAUGAGAUGAAUUUUUACCUUUUAUUGGUAUUUUUUUUAUUGGUUGAGGUAAUUCUGUAAUUUGAAGUAAUUUUGUAGAUCACAUAAUCUCACACAAAGUUUUAUUAUGGUCAUCAGAAAGUGUUUCUCAUUGUGGAUAACGUUUUUGGAAACUGCUAGCUCCAAGAUUUGGUGAUGUAAAGUAACUAUUUCACUAUUCCUAAAAUGAGUUUAAGAGUGUAAGUGAUAUAUAUGUGAACAGAAUAAAAAUGUGAUGCUUACUUCUUUCUCUAUAUUUGGGCUCAGAAAGGUUUUCUUAAAGGGGCUUGUUUGUAUUGAAAGGUCUUUAUUUGCUAAUCAUUUUGUGUUUUUUCAUUCAGGGUUAACAUGCUCGUGAAAUUGAUCAAACUACAUCAAAUUAAAUCUUCAUUUUUGAGUAUGGGUCCUAUAAAGGGGAAACAUCUCUCUCGGAACUCACUUCUCUUUACACCCAAGAAGUAAAACUUACCUGAAAGAAACCAGAAGACAAAAUGUGUGUUUCAUUUUGUACUCUUUGUUUUUUUCUUAAAGAUCAAGUAAGGAAGCUGAUGAAAAACACACAAUCGUGACAAGUGACGGUAAAAAUUAACCUAUCAACAUUGUCAAAACAGGCAUUUUCCUGAAAUCAUUCAGCACAGCAAUAUCAUCAGCUAACGAUUUUUUAUUGCUUGCUUUUUCCCCGAGCAAAUGCUCAAAUGGUGCACGUUCAAAUCAUCAACGUGCCUUAUACUUUAUAUUUUCUACUUCAAGAAAAUAUCCUUUUCGAAAAAAUCAUCCACUUUUGUAACUUCACCGCACAGUCUUUUUACUUUUUAGUUUCCUCUAAAAGAAUAUGAACUGCUGCCAUCUUUUCCAUUCUACGGAAGCGUACAAGGACCACUUGCAAAAAGUUUGUUUGAGAUACUAUCUCCCCGCGGAGAGUUAGCUAAAACUCAACUCACUGCAUAUUAAAACUCAGUCUGGAUACCAGACCCAGUGAUUCCGACUUCUCUUCUCUUCAAAGGUCCUGUAUCACAUCAUGCAUUUUAUGCAAGAUCUCUUGCGAUCCAAAAUAUAACGAGAAAGCAUCUAAAUUAACAAAAAUCCAAAUUAAUAAGCAACCACGAAUAAAAGCAACUUUUGAAAACUUCUUUAAGACAAUCUUGAAAAAAUAUGCUUUACUUUUUCAAAAAUAUGUUUGAAGCACUAUGAGGCUUUCACAGAAUACCGUCUAAAAGAUCGAAUACUUUUUGUACGCGGCUGUGGAUGCGUUCUCAAUUGGGAUGCAUUCUCAAUUCGGAUGCUUUCUCAGAUCUGAUAAUUUUUCAAUGAAGAUGAUUUCUUAAUUCGGAUAAAGUGAUAUUUCUGUAAAUACUUAAGACGUUAGGUUGCAAAAUAUGUCUAAAUUUCGAUAAAAAUGUUUACAUUGUAAAGUUUUUGUUUUAUUUUGAAAGAAUUUCGAACUUUGAAUAUUCAUUCAGUCCUAGAUAUUACGUUGCGUGUAUAAAAUUUCAUUCGCUCUUUAAAAAUUCACUCGAUUCGGCAUCUAAAAUAAGAAAUGUGAUUCUUAAAAUUUUGCUCGGAUUUUGAAAAAUAUACACUAAACUUCUACAAUACAAGCUGUUUAUAAAUUCAAAAAAUCAAUCAAUAUAUCAAAAACAUUUUCCAUUUUUUUGCCCUAAUUUCGCUUUGUAGUGGAUGGCGUACUCCGACCGGUGUACCACGGACAGUUCACAAAAUUCUUGGUACAGACGGGAGGACCGGAAAUGCCCGAAUAUUAACGAUACCAUCCGAAUGGUCUUUUUCCUCUCCCCUUUCAUUCGGCCACCAAUCAUUGUAACAAUUUUUACAGUUUUGAGGAGCAUUAAAGAAAACGUGUUGUUAGGUUUGGAAUGGUUCGACUAUUCCCUGAAAUCUGGGGGAGUGUUGGUCACGUGGACGUUGGGUGAUACAGGACCCUUGAUAAAAGGAGUAAUCGGAAUGAUUGGGUCUGGUAUCCAGACUGAGUCUCAAUAUGCAACGAGUUUUGAACUAGUUAUAGCUAACUCGCAGCGGGGAGUAUCUCGAAAAAAUCUUUUUUGCAGGUGGCCCUUAUACGCCUCCGUACCAUUCCAAUUGUAUUCUGAUAAUAUUAAUUGGAGCGUUGUCGCUAUUCUCAAACUGCUUUUCGCUGGUAUACUCCUAGACACGGAUGUAAUUCGCGCGAAAAGGGCCAUACACCCGCUGAUAUGGCCGUUUCUGUACACGGUUGGUUGUAUAUAGAACAUCGCGAAGUACAAAAUUGGCGUUUCCAAAGCUGUGCGCAUUGUGCACAACCUAUAAGCAUACACUGUGGAACUGACCAGACCAUGUCACUGUUUCCCCACGCGCAAUUCUCACGCCACGUUGAAGAAACUAACCACAGGUAUGUAUGUAAGUAUGCAUGGCGUGAGCGACACUGAAAUGUAUAGUCAUGUCAGUGUUUGCCGUUGAUCGCGCAAUGUGCACACAAAUAUGACUGCCCGAGGGAGAAAGAAUAUCGCCAUUUUCAGGAUUCGCCUGACGGCACGAAUUGUGCAGAGUACAAUGGAGAACUGCUGAGGAAAGAAUUCAGCAUUCUGGUGGUCGAAAUUGUGGCGCGUGGACUGGAUGGUUUUGUUUAAAAGGAUGGACUCUUUCGGCACGACUGCCUGCUUGCAAUUCUGAAAGGAACGCUCCGAUUGGGUCUAUUCUGCACUGGAGUAGUUAUCAAUUUUCAAAAUGGUGAUGGGCCUCGUGACUGUUUGAGAGGUGAUUAUCUCUGGAGAGAAAAUAUUUUCAAAAGUCAUCGGUGAAGCCGCUGAAAAGUGACAGGAAAAUGAAUGAUGAGGAAGUGAUCUCUGAUUUGAUAUAUACCUCGAACACCUGAGAAACUAAUUUCACCUCCGAGCUUUCUCACCCAUAAUUUGUCACAUCCACUGAUCCAUGAUUCACACUCUUGAAAUUUAUCUGAAUGGAAUGAGCCUGCCUUGUAAAGGUGAUAUAUGCAAGAAAGGUACUGGUUGCUUACCCAGAUUGAAAACAGGUACAUCAGCUCUUCAAAGAAGAUAUACACAUCCAGGUAGUUCUUCCUAGUACGAAAUAAAAAGAAAUGGAGGACUCAAAACCAGGAGAUACGGAGAUGCCGAGUUCUUUCACAAGUGGCAUCAGUCCUUGAGGAUGGAGCAAUAUCUGUGAAGAAUACAAAGGAAAAGGGAGCCGUGAAGACUAGCUGAUGGAGUUACGCCAUUGGACAGGCCGAAAGUGAUAGCAAACACGGAGGACCUCACUCGAGAAAACAGCUUUCCGCUUAGCAAACACUGAUGCUUGGACAUUGCUGCCAUUAUUGCCUCGUGGUUGCCGUUUUGGGAGAAGCGGACUGUUUAAUUGGUCGUUGUAAUUACAUCUUGCUUUUAAGGAACACGUGUUAGAUUCCCAGCCAAGAGUGUAUCAAAUAGGAAGUUGGCCUGUGCGUGUGUGCUGGGAGGAGAAGAUAAAGAUCCUACAUGUAAUUCACUUCACCGCAAGAAUCUUGAUUAUCUCGGUGGCGACAGCGGUUUGGCCGGGCCUUCAUGGUCAGUCCUCUGAAAGUUGAGAUAAUCGAAUGUAUUACUAUUGGUUGAAACCUUUGCUGGACAAAAAGUGCGCCCAGAGUAUGUUUGUAGUCACUGGGUAUAGCAACCAAUAAAUCCGACUUGUGUCUAAGUCGGGCAGGAUUCGAAUCUGCACGUUUCGUUCCUACUGGAUGUUGUUUCUUUCGUCAUGGAUGUGUGGACUGUCGAAAAGAGUCUUAACAGAAUUGAUGAAUCUACGUCUGCUGACUCCAUAAAAAUGAAAGGAUGGAGAAAAGACGAAGGGAGUGUGAAUGGUGAUGGUCGUAAACGAUCUGUGCACACGCAGACGGAGAGCGAUCGUAGAAAUGCAGACAACUGCCGACAGAUUUUCAACCGACGCAAAUGGAGUGAAUUUGGCACUGUGACCACUCUGCAUGGGAUGCGGUACAUUACUCAGCCUAACCACAGCUUCACUAGAAAGGUGAUAUGGGCCAUCAUCCUACUGUCUUUUAUGGGAGUUCUCAUCUUUGUUGUCAUUGACAACACAGUUCGUUACUUUAAUUACAACGUGACCAGCAUCGUGACGGUGAAAUACGUCAAUGACCUUACCUUCCCCGCGGUUACAAUUUGUAACUACAAUCUGCUGAGGAAAUCCUACUCCGAGCAGGCCUUUGAUGAGGAUCUGUUGGAAGCGUUCAAGAUUAUCUCUCCCGGAGGAGGACAAAACUCCGUCAACUUCACAGCCUUGAAAGACUGGAACAUCACGGACGAUUUGAUUAAAGGGGCACACCAGAAGGAGGAUAUGAUCAUCGAAUGCACCUGGCGAUCGACUAGGAACUGUACAGCGGACAAUUUCACCCAGGUUCUGACUGACUUUGGGGUGUGUUACACCUUUAAUAACCCUAAGGAUCCAAACGACGCAUUGACGGUUCAGCAAACAGGUUAUGAUAGUGGUCUUUAUCUACGAUUGAACCUGGAGCAGUAUGAUUACUUCUACGGAUCUAGUAAGGGUGCCGGAUUCAAGAUCAUGCUUCAUAAACAAGGAGAGUUUCCUUUCGUCAAGCAGCUUGGCUUUGCUGUCUCCCCUGGAUUUGAAACCCUGGUCACUCUGAAAUUUACCCAGUUGGUGAAUUUAGAGACUCCGUAUGUCUCAGAGUGUGUUGUUGCAGAGGAUAUCCAAGGCUUCAAGUACACGGUAGAAACCUGCCAGGCAUUGUGUAAGACCAAGUAUAUUUUGGAGGGUUGUGGUUGCAGGACGACUGACCUACCAGCUGGACCAGACAUAUCGAAAGUAAGGUUUUGCAGCUAUGGUGAGAUAGUACAAUGUGUUCAACCGGCAAUGCGUAAGUGGGCCUUCAUGGCUGACCUCGAUGCUCGAUGUAACUGCAGCGUACCGUGUUUUCGCGAAGUCUUUACACCCAGAAUCUCGGAGGUUUUCUGGCCAGCUGAACACAUCACUAAGGCGUUACAGGAUGCCUUCAACAGUAGCGAAAGCUUCCUCAGGAAAAAUAUAAUCGAUAUGGUGAUAUUUUUCGAGGAACUGAACUACGAGGAAAUCCGACAAAUUGCCGCGUAUACAUUCACUGAUUUGUUGAGUGAUAUUGGUGGCUACAUGGGUCUGAUGGUGGGCGCAAGCUUGAUCACUUUCCUGGAGUUCAUUGACUUCUUGGUCUUAGGAGCCAUCGAAUACUGCCAAAAACACAACAUGUUUAAACGACGGGGAAAAAUAAAUAUCAGUCAAAGUCACCUUCAUCGUUGAACCAGACACAAAAGUUGUAAAUAAGAGAUAUGUAUUGGGUUGAUAUUGGGGAAGUACCUCAGUUGUAGUCUUGUAGUUUCGAUCCCUCUUUCUACGAAUAUUACUGUUUACCGUCCCCCCCCCCGCCUAGACGGAGGUAGCCUUGUACAAUCUUGUCAUUUAUAAGGAUGGGUGUUGAUUCGCAGGCUUCCCGACAUGCCCAAUGUAAGCUGUGAGACGGAUGUAAGAGAUUUACAAUCUAGUUAUUCUUCCCACCUGCUGUGUGUUGGUGGGAAGGGAUAACCCGAGGUAGUACCCCUUUCUGUCAUUUAUACAUGAUGUCAUUGUCAAGUAGCUAAUACAGAAUUUGUAAACAUGACUUGUAUCUGUGGAUUUUAUUGCAACGCUACCGUGGUUUGAAUCGAUUAUAUUAGAUUUAUUAGGGUCUCAAAUGUAAGGUAACACAACAAUAUUAAAAUGUUCAUUUAAACGCUCCUAUAACCACUAAUUUGAGUGGUAUGUUGCUAUAGGUAAUUUGCCUGCGCAAGUUGAAUAAAUUUAAAUGAGGGAAAAGUGCAUGUACGGCUAACAACAAUGAUUUCCUUUUAUUUUGGAUAGACAGAGAAUCAAAAUAAAGCAUAAAAAUGAAAGACGAUAAUGACCGAGGUACAAGUUUUUUUUUCAUUCAGUUGAGACCUCCGUAAAGCAAAAUUGUACAAAAGGAUGAUAACUGAUGAUAAUCAUAUGUAGCAAAUGACCUUUCCUGUGAUUUCAAAUAAAUGUAAAUUAGGUUUAAUAUAUUCUCAUAUUUAAAUAUUGCGUUAGUCAGUAAUUACGACUGAAUUGGACAUUCUCAUUUCCGGUCUGACAACCAUUCCAUUAAAUUCCAAGGUUAACUCUCAUCGAAGUGAAAGUUUAUUUUGUUGCGUUUAAUGCCCGUUCUCGAUACACUUAAUGAUGUUCCUGACCUCAUUCUGUUGUUAUAGGUUUACCUUGAGCAUAUCUCCCUGAAAGUUUCUCUCCAAAUUUUCCCUUAACCUUUGCAGUUAAGUCUCAAUAAUCCAACAGGUGAAGGACUGAAGACUGCUCAGGCUAAUGAUCUACGUGAGUUUCUUUCUCGGAAGCCGGGAUCUAAGUAGUAAUUCUUCAUCAUCUUAAAGCUAGUGAUAAUAUGAAGUAGCUGUAAAUCUCGCAAUAGUUGGAGGUUGUCAAACGGGUUGUUUCUCCUCAUAGUUGCCAACAAUCAGUCCGGUUUCAAUUAUUAGUUAAUAUAUGCAUGUUUACAAAUUUUAUCCAUAAUGCAAGUAUAUACAUGUAUUUUGUCAUCGAGA